AACUUUUCGGUAAAUGAUUUUACCGACACUAUUGUGGCCAUAGUUUCGGUCAUUAUUUUUUUCUACUGUGCUUCGAACCCCUCAUUAAUAGUCAGCAAUGUUUAGGACAGCACUGACAGCCGGACUGGUCGGUAUCGGCACCGGUAUAGCCGCCGAACGGUAUAGACAAUCAUCGACGACGGGCGUCGAUGGUCAACAAGCGGUCAGUGGACACUGCAACCGAUUUGCUGCAACGUUGGCCACUGUAUUUGCGGCCAAACCGUUUGACACGACCAGCGUAGAGGUCAAGUCGCCGUCGAUUGGCAGCGGCGGCGACCCGAUAUCGCCGUCGGCUAUGGAUAUCGCCAAACAACAAGUAGACACUGAGUUUGCAUCGCUGGCCAAGUCGUCGUCGGCCGACGGUAGCGGCAGUCGUUUGGCUGUCAUUGCCCGACACGGUUUCCCGUCGUUGGACACCAUACGUACGUACGACAACUUUGUCCUGUCGUACGAUCGGCGCAAUCGUACAGCCAAUUGGGUAUUGGAGUACAUGUCUGGCCAUCAGAUGUCGGCCGAUAACGAUAGCGGACAUAUCGAUCGUAAAGGUAUCGAGUUUUUCCAAGACUCGACUAUUCACGAAUACUGGCGUUCGUCUAACGAUGACUAUCGCCGCAGUGGUUACGAUAGAGGACAUUUGGCCGCUGCCGGCAAUCAUCGACACGAUAGGCGACUAAUGUCCCAGACGUUUGUUUUAUCAAAUAUUAGUCCACAAGUCGGCAAAGGUUUCAAUAGGGAUGCCUGGAAUCGUUUGGAAAAGUAUUGCCGAUGGCGUGCCCGCCGAUCGGACAAUACCUGGCUGUGUACGGGACCGUUGUAUUUGCCGGCCCGCGGACCUACUGACAGCAAACUCUAUGUCAAGUAUGAAGUUAUCGGCAAAAAUCAUGUGGCCGUACCGACACAUUUUUUCAAAGUUCUGGUCACCGAAACCAAUGGCCACUACGAUCUCGAAGGCUAUGUACUGCCAAACGCUGUUAUCGAUGACCGAUCGUCUAUUGAAUCGUUUAGAGUACCGAUUGAUACCAUUGAGAGAGCGGCCGGUUUGCUAUUCUUUCAGCGCAUACCUCGCCAACAGUUUCGUACUAUUAAUGGAAAAAGUGUUUAA